GGUCCACCAGGUGAGCCUGGUCCACCUGGCCCUCCAGGACCUCCAGGCCACCUCACUGCUGCCAUUGGUGACAUUAUGGGACACUAUGAUGAUGCUAUGGCAGAUCCACUACCGGAGUUUACUGAAGAUGAAGCAGCCCCAGAUGACCACAAUAAAACAGACCCAGGAGUUCAUGCCACACUGAAAUCCCUGAGCAGCCAGAUUGAGACUAUGCGGAGCCCAGAUGGCUCAAAGAAACACCCAGCACGGACCUGUGAUGACCUGAAGCUGUGCCACCCCUCCAAGAGGAGUGGUGAAUAUUGGAUUGAUCCUAACCAAGGAUGUGUUGAAGAUGCUAUAAAAGUGUACUGCAACAUGGAAACUGGAGAGACCUGUAUUUCUGCAAACCCAUCUACGGUGCCCCGCAAAACAUGGUGGGCCAGCAGGUCAUCUGAAGUAAAGCCUGUUUGGUAUGGCCUUGAUAUGAACAGGGGGUCACAGUUUGUGUAUGGGGAUACAGCUGUCACUCAGAUGACAUUUCUGCGCCUCCUAUCAAAGGAAGCUUCCCAGAACAUUACCUACCUUUGUAAGAACAGUGUUGGAUACAUGGAUGACCAGACCAAGAAUCUGAAAAAAGCUGUGAUUCUCAAAGGGGCCAAUGACCUGGAGAUCAAAGCAGAGGGAAACAGCCGAUUCAGAUACACUGUUCUGCAUGACAGCUGCUCUAAACGCAACGGGAACGUGGGCAAGACAGUGUUUGAAUACAGAACCCAGAACGUGGCACGUCUACCCAUCGUUGAUAUUGCGCCCGUAGACAUCGGCAGUACCGACCAGGAGUUUGGAAUUGAAAUUGGGCCAGUUUGCUUUGUGUAAGAGGAAAGGGGGAAAUUAGCACACUAUCCAGCAGCAGCAGCAAAACAUGAACUUGGACUGAUUG